CGCAGACAGAACCGCAAGUGCUGCUGAGAGGUGUGGUCUCAGUCAGCUUUGCAUAGAACUCCAUGCGGUGCAUGCUGGGAGUUGUGGUUCCUUCUUCUGUCAGACCCAGACAGCGCAGGUCUUACUACAGUGACUGGGAAUGAGGACUACAAUCCCCACAAUGCAUCAGCUACGUCUCUGACCUCGCUGUGUUCUGUGUGUAUGGGAGCACAGGCUGUAACGUGCUGUACUGAGUGCCAGUAAUGUGAGCGGGAGGAACACGGCCAGGACUCAUGACUUCUGAUGUAGAUAAAGAGCCACGAUGGGAGAUGGGAUUGUCGGCUGCAGCAUCACAGGAAUAUGAGCGGUCUCAGAGCCCGGCGCCUGCUCUGACGCAAGGAACGGAACCAGGAGCCAUCCAAAAUGAUGCAAUGUUUGUCCACGCUCAGUCCUAUGAAGAUCUCACAGGGGAGGUGGACGGACCUGUCCCUGGGAGUCCUGGACCAGAGGGCGAUGUGGAGAUCAGUAGCAUGGAGCAGAUAAGUGAGGACUUCAGCAAACUCAGUACUCAGCUGAGUGUAAGCUCCUUGCAGAGUGAUGAGCAGAGCCGGGAAGGGACACCUGAGCAGGGACAGACGGACAUCCCACGAACCUUAAGCCAAGAAGCAGAUGGCGAUGGGGUAUUCAGGGCUCUGGAAGACUGGUACCAGCACCAAAAGCAUGUCUUUGUUCUGAGCGAAGCUGGGAAGCCGGUCUAUUCCCGCUUUCGGUCAGAGGAGGCGCUCUCCAGCACAGCCGGAGUAAUGAUGGCGCUUGUGUCCUUUCUGGAGACGGACAAGAAUGCUAUCCGGUCAAUCCACGCAGAUGGGUAUAAAGUGGUGUUUGUACGUCGUUCCCCUCUGGUCUUAGUGUCAGUGACGCACACUCGUCAGUCAGAGCAGGAGAUUGCGCAGGAAUUACUCUAUGUUUACUAUCAGAUUCUUAGUCUGGUCACCGGGGCUCAACUCCACCACCUAUUCCAGCAACGACCCAGCUACGACCUGCGCCGGCUGCUCUCUGGUUCCGAGCGCAUUACAGACAACCUUCUGGAUUCUAUGGAUAUUGACCCCAGUUUCCUUUUGGGCGCGGUGCGCUGUCUGCCACUACUAUCGGGCUUACGGGACUCUGCUGCGAACUGUCUCCAGCAUGCAAAGGCCAAGAGCCUGGUCUUUUCAAUACUGAUGUCUAGGAACCAGCUGGUGACAUUAGUACGGAAGAAAGACCAGUAUCUCCACCCGAUUGACCUCCAUCUGCUCUUCAACCUGGUGACAUCUUCCAGUUCCUUCAGGGAAGGUGAGGCAUGGACCCCUGUCUGUCUCCCCAAAUUCAACCCAUCUGGCUUCUUCCAUGCUCAUAUCUCAUACCUGAGCCAUAGCCCUGAACUUUGCCUCCUUAUGGUGUCCACUGACCGGGAGGACUUCUUCACGGCCUCAGACUGCAAGAGAAAGAUAGUAGAGAGACUGGAGAAGCGAGGAAGUUGGGGACCAUUGAAGGAAGCUCUGAGAAACCCCUUUUAUGAUAUUGCACAAGUUGGUAUCCCAGAACUGAAACAUUUUCUCUACAAAUCAAAGAGUUCAGGUCUCUUUACUAGUCCGGUGAUGUCUGCUCCCUACGACACUGAAGAAGAAAGCAGACGGUUGGUGUCCCUGUACCAGUACCUGCAUGGCAGGGCGCACUGCAGCUCCCAUCCACUUUCAACAAUUUUCCACAUGGGAUCCCAUGAGAACAUACUGGCCUGGGUGACAGAGGCAUUUGAGCUCUACGUAUGUUUCAGUCCUCUGGGGACGAAGUCAUCAGCUGUAAGCGGGGUCUCCCGCCUGUUGCGCUGGAUCCGCAAGGAAGAGGAGCGGAUGUUCAUACUGAGCUCUCCUACUUACUAACACUGAUACUAGCAACCAGUCGCCAAACAAUAACCAAAGAUGGAGCAGAGAAAGAGAAUAACAGGGGAAUGCGAAGUCCCAGAAUCCUCUGCAGUGAGUUACAUAUCGCUACCUCCUUCCAUGCAUACAGUACUGAGUUACACAGUAUAUACUAUAUACUCGGUGUAUCAGCCGUACAGCACUGAGUUACACAGUAUAUACUAUAUACUCGGUGUAUCAGCCGUACAGCACUGAGGUACACAGUAUAUACUAUAUACUUGGCGUAUGAGCUGUACAGCACUGAGGUACACAGUAUAUACUAUAUACUCAGCGUAUGGGUCAUACAGCACUGAGGUACACAGUAUAUACUAUAUACUCGGUGUAUCAGCCGUACAGCACUGAGGUACACAGUAUAUACUAUAUACUUGGCGUAUGAGCUGUACAGCACUGAGGUACACAGUAUAUACUGUAUACACAGCGUAUUGGUCGUACAGCACUGAGGUACACAGUAUAUACUGUAUACACAGCAUAUUGGUCGUACAGCACUGAUGUACACAGUAUAUACUAUAUACUCAGCGUAUGAGUCAUACAGCACUGAGGUACACAGUAUAUACUAUAUACUCUGCAUAUCAGUCAUACAGCACUGAGGUACACAGUGUAUACUAUAUACUCAGUGUAUCAGCCGUACAGCACUGAGUUACACAGUAUAUACUCAGCGUAUUGGUUAUACAGCACUGAGGUACACAGUAUAUACUAUAUACUCCGCGUAUCAGUCAUACAGCACUGAGGUACACAGCGUAUGCUAUAUACUCAGGGUAUCUGUCAUACAGCACUGAGGUACACAGUACAGGUUGAGUAUCCCUUAUCCAAAAUGCUUGGGACCAGAGGUAUUUUGGAUAACGGAUUUUUCCGUAUUUUGGAAUAAUUAGAUACCAUAAUGAGAUAUCAUGGUGAUGGGACCUAAAUCUAAGCACAGAAUGCAUUUAUGUUUCAUAUACACCUUAUACACACAGCCUGAAGGUAAUUUUUGCCAAUAUUUUUUAUAACUUUGUGCAUUAAACAAAGUGUGUGUACAUACACACAAUUCAUUUAUGUUUCAUAUACACCUUGUAUACACAGCCUGAAGGUCAUUUAAUACAAUAUUAUUAAUAACUUCGUGUAUUAAACAAAGUUUGUGUACAUUGAUCCAUCAGAAAACAAAGGUUUCACUAUCUCACUCUCGCUCAAAAAAGUCCGUAUUUCGGAAUAUUCCGUAUUUCGGAAUAUAUGGAUAUGGGAUACUCAACCUGUAUAUACUAUAUACUCAGCGUAUCAGUCAUACAGCACUGAAGUACACAGUAUAUACCAUAUACUCAGCGUAUGAGCCGUACAGCACUGAGGUACACAGUAUAUACUAUAUACUCGGCGUAUCAGUCAUACAGCACUGAGGUAUACAGUAUAUACUGUAUACUCGGCGUAUCGGCCGUACGGCACUGAGGUACAGAGUAUAUACUGUAUACUCAGCGUAUAUGUCAUACAGCACUGAGGUACACAGUAUAUACCAUAUACUCGGCGUAUCGGCCGUACGGCACUGAGGUACAGAGUAUAUACUGUAUACUCAGCGUAUAUGUCAUACAGCACUGAGGUACACAGUAUAUACCAUAUACUCGACUGUACGGCACUGAGGACAUCUAUAUGAACAGUUCUGUACCCUCUUAUGUAGAGUAUACUCUGGUCCUUACAGGCUGAGCUGCAAUGUGUGGAACACACAACACUACACUAUAUAUCCAGCAUUUCCAGGUCCAGAAUACGGAUACACUGCAGGGUCUAUGAGACAGUACUCAGGUAUUACACAGCAUGAAGGCCAAAUGGUCAUCUCCCAUAGCAACAACAUGCGGUAUAACUCCUGAGCGCAGGGUUUAUGUCGCGAGGUAGUUUUCCUUUAUAUCACCUCUCUAGCUGUUCUCCGAUUCCUCCACCAACAUUACACUAUUCACCAUGAAUGGCCUUUGUGCGCAGCAACAUUCCCAUCUGACCGAAGGCGCGGCGGCGUUUGUCUCGUAAUACUCAGCAUCUGUUUAUUAUGCCGCUUGUUGUAGAAUUUAGGAUUCAUUGCGGAAGGAUUCAUUGUAGUCUGAUCAUGUCCAGUACGGAACGUCUGUAUAACAAAGACGAUGAUUUUAUUUCCAUAGCGUUAGGAGUCCCAGUAUGAUCAGAGCGCAGUAAUCAGAAGGGAAAGGGUUACUGGCUCCCAGUGCAGCGCUGUACUGGGAACCAGUGUCUCCCAGCUAAUGUAACGCCUCUCUGUGGUGCUGCAAGAGCCAAUGUAAUGCCUCUCUGUGGUGCUGCAAGAGCCAAUGUAACGCCUCUCUGUGGUGCUGCAAGAGCCAAUGUAACGCCUCUCUGUGGUGCUGCAAGAGCCAGUGUAAUGCCUCUCUGUGGUGCUGCAAGAGCCACUGAGGUACACAGCGUAUGCUAUAUACUCAGGGUAUCUGUCAUACAGCACUGAGGUACACAGUAUAUACUAUAUACUCAGCGUAUCAGUCAUACAGCACUGAAGUACACAGUAUAUACCAUAUACUCAGCGUAUGAGCCGUACAGCACUGAGGUACACAGUAUAUACUAUAUACUCGGCGUAUCAGUCAUACAGCACUGAGGUAUACAGUAUAUACUGUAUACUCGGCGUAUCGGCCGUACGGCACUGAGGUACAGAGUAUAUACUGUAUACUCAGCGUAUAUGUCAUACAGCACUGAGGUACACAGUAUAUACCAUAUACUCGGCGUAUCGGCCGUACGGCACUGAGGUACAGAGUAUAUACUGUAUACUCAGCGUAUAUGUCAUACAGCACUGAGGUACACAGUAUAUACCAUAUACUCGACUGUACGGCACUGAGGACAUCUAUAUGAACAGUUCUGUACCCUCUUAUGUAGAGUAUACUCUGGUCCUUACAGGCUGAGCUGCAAUGUGUGGAACACACAACACUACACUAUAUAUCCAGCAUUUCCAGGUCCAGAAUACGGAUACACUGCAGGGUCUAUGAGACAGUACUCAGGUAUUACACAGCAUGAAGGCCAAAUGGUCAUCUCCCAUAGCAACAACAUGCGGUAUAACUCCUGAGCGCAGGGUUUAUGUCGCGAGGUAGUUUUCCUUUAUAUCACCUCUCUAGCUGUUCUCCGAUUCCUCCACCAACAUUACACUAUUCACCAUGAAUGGCCUUUGUGCGCAGCAACAUUCCCAUCUGACCGAAGGCGCGGCGGCGUUUGUCUCGUAAUACUCAGCAUCUGUUUAUUAUGCCGCUUGUUGUAGAAUUUAGGAUUCAUUGCGGAAGGAUUCAUUGUAGUCUGAUCAUGUCCAGUACGGAACGUCUGUAUAACAAAGACGAUGAUUUUAUUUCCAUAGCGUUAGGAGUCCCAGUAUGAUCAGAGCGCAGUAAUCAGAAGGGAAAGGGUUACUGGCUCCCAGUGCAGCGCUGUACUGGGAACCAGUGUCUCCCAGCUAAUGUAACGCCUCUCUGUGGUGCUGCAAGAGCCAAUGUAAUGCCUCUCUGUGGUGCUGCAAGAGCCAAUGUAAUGCCUCUCUGUGAUGCUGCAAGAGCCAAUGUAACGCCUCUCUGUGGUGCUGCAAGAGCCAAUGUAACGCCUCUCUGUGGUGCUGCAAGAGCCAAUGUAACGCCUCUCUGUGAUGCUGCAAGAGCCAAUGUAACGCCUCUCUGUGGUGCUGCAAGAGCCAGUGUAAUGCCUCUCUGUGGUGCUGCAAGAGCCAAUGUAACGCCUCUCUGUGGUGCUGCAAGAGCCAAUGUAAUGCCUCUCUGUGGUGCUGCAAGAGCCAAUGUAACGCCUCUCUGUGGUGCUGCAAGAGCCAAUGUAACGCCUCUCUGUGGUGCUGCAAGAGCCAAUGUAAUGCCUCUCUGUGGUGCUGCAAGAGCCAAUGUAACGCCUCUCUGUGAUGCUGCAAGAGCCAGUGUAAUGCCUCUCUGUGGUGCUGCAAGAGCCAGUGUAAUGCCUCUCUGUGGUGCUGCAAGAGCCAAUGUAAUGCCUCUCUGUGGUGCUGCAAGAGCCAAUGUAAUGCCUUUCUGUGGUGCUGCAAGAGCCAGUGUAAUGCCUCUCUGUGGUGCUGCAAGAGCGAGGUCAUACUGGGACUGCAGGGUAUAGGGGAAAGCCAUAGCGGCCUGUAUUCAACAGAGACAUAGUAAAGUCUGGAUGUUACUAUAAAAUGAUCCAGAAGCUCCGCCCUCUUCAUGCGUCCAUGCUCUUUCCUGUGUGCGACGCAGACACUUCUGUUGACGUUACCUUGCACAGACCCAAUAGCAGAGGAUCUUAUUAUGCAAAUGCAAUUCCUGGUGCUUUUUAUUAUGACUGAAUAAACCCUU